AUGGACGGCGGCACGCGUGCACGAGUCGAGGAGGAAAAAGCCCUGGAUUCGUCUCGCCUGCGAUCCUCCGCUCGGCUCAGCUUCGCGAGUUCCUCCUCGGCCGGCAGCCCUCGAAUCGCCAAGCGCAAACGGAAGAAGAGGAGACGUCAGCAACGACGGAACAGUAACGUCGACGACGAGGACGAUCUCGUCGUCGUCGGCGGUGGUAGUGGUGGUAGUGGCGACGGUGGCGGCGGUGUAGACUCCGUCAACGCGAUCCUCGCGAUCAAAGAAGAACAGCAACAGCAGAUAGGAGAGGCGACGAUUUCAAGCGAGGAGCCAACGACGAAUAAGCAAGCGAAAAAUCGGCUUCAACACACCAACGAAUCUCAACGUAACGUAACCAGAGGAGGAAGCGGCUCGCGCGCGGCUGCCUCCUCCCUCAGUUCCGGCAACACGCUUCUCAACCGUCGUGCCGCCAGCAAGCGAUCGUCCAGGAGAUGCAACGCGAGCGCGCGUAGAAACGCGAUGACGAUGGAUCUCCAGAGACUGAUCACAGAAGUACACGCCAGGCCCGCGAUCUGGGACCAGAAGAACGUGAACUAUCACAAUCGCGACGUCAUCCUGAAGAUGUGGCGAGAGAUCGCGAGAGCUUGCGAGGUCUCCACGGACGUCGCGAAAUCGAAAUGGAAACACUUACGAGACAAUUUCCGCAACGAAUUAAAGAAAACCUAUCGAGGAAAAUGCGACGGUGGUGGGAACGAGCACGACUCGAAAUGGGUCUGGUUCAAGAGCCUGUUCUUCCUACGGGAUCAAAUGAACUCGAGGGUGAUCGGGUGUACCCUUUCGCAGAAUUGUUCGGUAGCUCUUCGGUCGUCGCCGGAAGGGACACAGAUCGAGCCACAGAUCGACAUUUUAGAAGGACACGAGGAAACUCAAUUCGACGAUCUAGACGGGGAUUCGUGUCAAUCUCUGCUCUCGAACGAGGAUGGUCUGCAUCAAGUGAUGCCCCCGCCUAAAAUGAACAAACUAGGUAGAAAGAGAAGUCUGAUGGAGGCGAUAGACAACGAUUAUUCGGAGGUGGAUCGAAAGAGGUUCGAGUCGUUGCAAAAGAGGCUUAGCGUGUCGCAGGAGGAAGAGGACGACACUUAUCACUUUCUCAUGAGCGUUCGAAAUCCUUUGAAAAGUUUACCGCUCGAUAGGCAGAUGUUCGUCAGGCUCAAGAUUCAGGAGCUGGUUUACAACGAGAUCAAUUCGCAGAAUCAGCAGCAGAAUCGAACGUACGUGAACGAGAUUUCGCAGGAUGUGAAGCCCCCGAGAACGGGAAACGGUACCGGAACGAUUGGAACCGGAGCCGGACCUGGUGGAGGCGGAGAAUCCUUGGGGGGUGGCGAUAGGGGCGGAGGCGGGGCUGGAAUAGGGGGAGGGCAGACCGUCAACGACGCGUCCAACCCCGUAUCGUUACUGCAAAAUUGCACGGCAGAGGGUUCCAGCGACGAUACCUUCUUCGGUUAA